AUGGAGGCGGCGGCCGCGCCUACCUCCCCGGGCUCCCGCCGCUCGAGCGCGGCAGUGACCUGGGGAACACACCUAUUACGGAAAGUCGACGUGCAGCGCAACAGUCAAAUGGGGUUUUCGGAGGUUAUUAAACUGGCAAACAAUAUCUGCUUUGACUUUGGAAAUGGACUCCAUUUUGAGGCCUUACACUCAAGAAAUGAAAGCAAGUUGCUUCCUAAACACAUUCACCCAGUGAGACAGAAGCGUGCUUGGAUCACCGCCCCUGUGGCCCUCCGGGAGGGAGAGGACCUGUCCAGGAAGAAUCCAAUUGCCAAGAUACACUCUGAUCUUGCAGAAGAAAAAAAACUAAAAAUUACAUACAAAUACACUGGAAAGGGGAUCACGGAGCCGCCUUUUGGUGUGUUUGUCUUUAAUAAAGACACCGGAGAACUGAACGUUACCACCAUUCUAGAUCGAGAAGAAACGCCAUUUUUUCUGCUAACUGGUUAUGCUUUGGAUGAAAGAGGGAAAAACUUAGAGAAACCAAUAGAACUCAAAGUUAAAGUUCUUGACAUCAAUGACAACGAGCCAGUGUUCACACAGGACGUCUUUGUUGGGUCUGUUGAAGAGCUGAGUGCAGCAAAUACACUUGUGAUGAAAAUCACCGCAACCGAUGCAGAUGAGCCCAACACUCUGAAUUCUAAAAUUUCCUAUAGGAUCGUGUCUCAGGAGCCUGCUAGUUCUCCAGUGUUUUACCUAAAUAAAGAUACAGGAGAGAUCUAUACAACCAGUAUUACCUUGGACAGAGAGGAGUACAGCAGCUACACUUUGACGGUAGAAGCAAGAGAUGGCAAUGGACAAAUAACAGAUAAACCAGUAAAACAAGCUCAAGUUCAGAUUCGUAUUUUGGAUGUCAAUGACAAUAUACCUGUAGUUGACAGAAACGUGUAUGAAGGAUCAGUUGAAGAAAACCAAGCCAACGUAGAGGUUUUACGCAUAAAAGUGUCUGAUGCAGAUGAAGUAGGCUCGGAUAAUUGGUUAGCAAAUUUUACUUUUGCAUCAGGAAACGAAGGGGGUUAUUUCCGCAUAGAAACUGAUACUCAAACUAAUGAAGGAAUCGUGACCCUGAUUAAGGAAGUAGACUAUGAAACAAUGAAGAAUCUUGACUUGAGCAUUAUCGUCACUAACAAAGCAGCUUUUCACAAAUCAAUUAAGGAUAAAUACAAGCCGACAUCCAUUCCCAUCAAAGUCAAAGUGAAAAAUGUGAAAGAAGGCAUUUAUUUUAAAAGCAGCACAAUCCGAUUUCACACUAGCGAGAGCAUGGAGAAAUUAAGCCAGGGCCAAAUACUGGGAAAAUUUCAAGCUUUUGAUGAAGACACUGGAAAAGUAACCAAUGUAAAGUAUGCCAAAUUUGAAGAUAUAGACAAUUGGAUCUCUGUGAAUUCUGCCACAUCUGAAAUUAAACUCGUGAAGAUUCCUGAUUAUGAAUCCAGAUAUGUCCAAAAUGGUACAUACACUGCAAAGAUUUUGGCUAUAACAGAAGAAUAUCCUAGAAAAACCAUCACUGGCACUAUUGUUAUCAAUGUUGAAGACAUCAAUGACAAUUGUCCCACACUGGUUGACCCUGUGCAGACUGUCUGUGACUACGUGCCGUUCGUGAACGUGACUGCUCAGGACCUGGACGGACCCCAAAACAGCUGGCCUUUCAGUUUCUCUGUCAUUAAUAAACCAGCUGGAAUGGCAGAAAGAUGGAAAAUAGUACGCCGAGAAGAUACCAGUGUGCUACUGCAACAAACCAAAAGACAGCAUGGGACAAGUGAAAUUCGCUUCCGGAUCGCAGAUAGUCAAGGCUUCAGCUGUCCUGAAGAGCAGAUCCUUAAACUCACAGUUUGCAAUUGUGUGGAAGGCAGUGGCUGUGUAAACAUGUGGGCUGACUCCUACGUUGGCUUGGGACCUGCAGCAAUUGCACUCAUAAUUCUUGCCCUUCUGUUCUUGCUACUUAUACCACUUCUGCUGCUGGUGUGCCAUUGUGGAAAGGGCGCCAAAGGCUUUACCCCCAUCCCAGGUACCAUAGAGAUGCUGCAUCCGUGGAACAACGAGGGGGCACCACCUGAAGACAAGGUGGUGCUGCCUCUUCUGGGGGCGGAUCUCAGAGAUGGCGCCGCGGUAGGCGCUGCGGUAGGCGCUGGGGUAGGCGGAGGUGUGACGGCCAAGGAAGCUAUCGUGAAAGGAAGCAGCUCUGCCUCCUUUACCAAAGGGCAGCAGGAGAUGUCCGCGGCGGAAGGCCGCUGGGAAGAAUACAGAAGCCUCGUCUCAGGCGGGGCCACCCAGGUCACUGGGACGACCGGGGCCAUGGUGACCUCGGACACCUUCAGGGCCACGAGAGCCACGGAGGCAGCCAGAGAAGUGGCCGGAGCUCGGGCAGGCGCGGUGGCGGUGAACGAGGAGUUCCUGAGAAGUUACUUCACUGAGAAAGCAGCCUCUUACACCGAGGAAGAUGACAUCCACACAGCCAAAGAUUGCCUUCUGGUUUAUUCUCAGGAAGAAACGGAGUCUCUCCGGGGUUCCAUCGGCUGCUGCAGUUUCAUUGAAGGAGAGCUAGAUGACCACUUCUUAGAUGACUUAGGAUUGAAAUUCAAGACCCUUGCUGAAGUUUGCUUGGGUCGAAAAAUAGAGAUGGAUGUGGAAACUCAGAAGAGGGCAAAACCCGCAAGAGAAGCAGACGGGAAGGCGGUUUCACGGUCCCUCUAUGAGCAAACCAGGCUUAACUCUGAGAAUGCUUAUGCCUCAGGUGGCAGCUUUCAGGGUCCCAAGCCUUUGCAUGAGGCAGACACAGAGAAGGUAACUCAGGAAAUAGUCAAUGAAAAGUCUGUUAUAUCCGCUAGGCAGGCUCAAAAGGUCACUGCACCACUUCCUGAUACACUGGCUUCCGGUAGCGUGAUAGUGACCGAAACGUCCUAUGCCACGGGCGCCACGGGGCCCCCGAGUACAGUGGUCCUGGGCCCCCAACAGUCCCAGGGCCUGAUUGUGACAGAGCGAGUCUACGCCCCAGCAUCCACCCUAGGGAACCAGCAGUAUGCUAGCGAGGGGCACGUGGUGGUCACCGAGAGGGUCAUCCAACCCCACGGGGGCAUGUCUGUCCCCCUGGAAGACACCCCGCCUCUGCCUGACGCUCACUAUGUCAUGGUGCAGGAAAGAGAGCGCUUCCUCACCCCCAGCUCCAGCCUGCAGCCCCUGCUGGCCGCGCCCAGUGUAGCCUUAGGUCAGAACGUGACAGUGACGGAAACAGUGCUGACGCCAGCCUCCGCUCUGCAAUCUAAUUACCAGAUCCCUGCCGAAACCUCGGUAAUGGCCAGAAAGACUGUGGCUUCUGCAGCUGGAGUCCCAGGUUCCCUGCCAGACUCAGGCUUAGAGGAGUCUAGUCAUUCUAAAUACACGGUAACCACGUCUUCCACCAGGGUCUCCAAGCAGAGCACCGUCCAGCAGUCCUUCUCCUAA